AUGUCGCUCCACGAGGCGCUUGGGCAUCACGUCCAAGAGGACGCGCCGAUGAUGGGUAACGGCACCGGGCACCACAUGCCCGACCAUAACAAUGACUUCGCCGAGAGCAUACUCAUCUCAGCCUGGAUCCUGGUGGUGGUGUCCGGUAUCCUAAUGUGCGUCACCAUCCCCAGUAAUUUCCUCGUACUCUUGGCGUUCAUACGGGAGAAAAAACUGCGGACCUACGUUAACUUCUUCAUCAUUAACCUCUGCGUGUCUGACUUGUGCGUAGGGUUGAUCAACAUGCCCCUUGUCAUGCUGGAAUCCGUUUUGGUUCUCAAGGGUAAAGGCUGGCCCUUCGGCCACAUUCCCUGCCACUUGAAGGAGGCCUCUAAGCACAUAUUUUUCUCGACAUCCAUCUUGACCAUUCUGAUUAUCUGUAACGACCGUUACCAGGCGAUCAGACACCCGCUAAGUCACCUCCAGCGACGCACUACCAAAGGAGCGCUGGUUCGGAUUGCUGUCGCCUGGGGUGUGGCGUUCUCAAUGUGGAUGACGUUCAUCUUCGUCUGGGGUGUGGUCGACGGAGAGAGAGCUUUACCGGAGAACUUCUGCACCGCGAUGUACAACACAAACCACUACACUACGGGAGUGGCCAUUGCGUUGAGCCUGUGGAUUCCGUAUCCACUCAUCUUGGUCAUGUACUGCAGGGUGUAUCGUACGAUCCAAUCCGUCAGUGCAAAGGCCGAGGGGAAGAAAUCAAAAGGCAACGGUAAGACUCCGAAGAGCUGCGACGGCUCCUCCGGGACCGCAGAGAAGACGGAGUUCACGACCUCCGGGAUUGGGUCCAUCACGCAGGAUCAGAUUCCAACCGUUGCGUCCGGGGCUGUCGAGCUGAAGUUCUGCUGCGAGCAGAAUGGUUCCCCUCUCGGACAGCGCUCUGACGGUAUCCCGCAAGACACCACCACGGCACCACACCACCCGGAGAAAGGUAAAGAUUCCCGGUUGGUUUUGUUUCCGAGUACACCCAGCUACAGGGAAGACAAGGAUGUCACCAAGGUAGCCCCGUGUAUUAGCUACGAUGAGGUCAAGCUUAGGCGCAGCGGUGGGAUACGGGUCGAGCACAAGAAGGCCUCACUGACGCUCACCCUCGUUGUUGUCUCGUACGCCAUCUGCUGGCUGCCGUACGGUAUUAUCGCACCAAUUACUAGCAUAUGCACCAUGCACCCAGGAGCGUUCCCGCCACUGCCGGAGUAUUUCAACGCAGCGGUAAUUGCUUUCUCGAUGGUCCAGAGUGCGGUCAACCCAUUCUGUUACGCAGCAGCUCAACCGACUAUUCGCCGGACUGUUUGGAAAAUAUUGACGUGUUCGGAUUUCUCUCCGAAGUUGGGUAUUAAAACGAAAUGA